AUGAGCAAGAACAAAAGUAAGAGGCAGAGGAUGAAGGUGAGAGUAAGGAUGAGGGAGAGUGAGGACGAGAGUGAGGACGAGAGUGAGGACGAGAGUGAGAGUGAGAGUGAGAGUGAGAAUGAGAAUGAGAAUGAGAAUGAGAAUGAGAAUGAGAAUGAGAAUGAGAAUGAGAAUGAGAAUGAGAAUGAGAAUGAGAAUGAGAAUGAGAAUGAGAAUGAGAAUGAGAAUGAGAAUGAGAAUGAGAAUGAGAAUGAGAACGAGAGUGAGAGUGAGAGUCAGGGUGAGAGUGAAGAUGAUAGUUUGGGUGUGCAGAUCUGAGCACAAGGGUAUGUGAAAAUCUAAAUUAAAAUAUAAUAGUCAGUGUUUAGUGAAGAAAAGAAUUAAUGAGAACACCAGACUACAAAUGAUGGGUGGGAAGAAAUUGAGGUAUGAUGACUGAAAGGGUGAGAUAUAGGCAAAAACAGAUGGUGUCAGAAUGAUGUAGAUGGCUCUAUUUUCUCACUUUUGAUCAGAGAUGUGGGUUAAUGAUCAAGGAUUUGAGUAGUUAGGUGAGAGCUGGGCAGACAGUAAGGCAGUGAUUGUGGAGGAAGGGACCAUGCCAGCUUAACUAUUCUUAGGUCCACCUGGCAGUGCCCCAAGACUUCCUCCUGAGCUGCCAUUCCUUCCUGGCCAUCAUUUUACUACUGAGAAGUUUUUGUUCAUCUAUGUUGUUCUGGUUUGUACAUCUAUGAUUUUUUUUUUAUCAAGAGGAAAAGCAAGUGAAUGAAUGGACAAAUGGUUGAUUGAAUUAAUUAGAUGCAUGAAUGUGUGACUGAGUGAGUGACCUGUAAGAGAAGGAAGGGCAAGAUUUAUAUUUGUUUAUAGAUGCCAGAAGAAUUUAGGUGUUGUGUGUUUGAAUCUGCUAUAAUUAGUUUA